UCCCGGCUGUGUGCUUGGGACAGUGCCGCUUUCCUUGACGCUACGGAGUUUUCGUAGCCGCGUGGCCUCUCGGCCUCCCACCCAUCGCGUUUCUAUGAGAUGCUGCCUGUAAACAACAUGGCGGCCUCGCUUUCUGACCCCGGGCUGUAGGUGGCGUGGUGGCUAUGUGGGGUGCGAGGAGUCUGGCCGAGCCCGCCGGGGGAAGUGCUGGGGAGGACGGGGGCGCCGGGAGGAAGAGAGAGGAGCCUCACCAGUCUGACAGCUCCGUCUGGGGUUUCCUCCCUCACCAGCCGGUGGGGGGAAAUUAGUGGGGGCGGCAGCCGCGGCGGUGAGGCUACCGCCACGUCUCGUCUCUUCCGCGCGGGGGUGCCUCCAGUGCCGGCCGGCUGGGUGGUGGCAGCUGAACACGCUGCCGCCGCCGCCGCCGCCUCUGCUUUACUGGGGGCGGCCGCCUAGAGAGGUCGUCGUUCUUCUGAGGCUGGCUGAAGAGACUAGCGGGGAGAGGAGCUUGGCAUCUGGUGGAUGCUCGGCGGCGGGACUGGGAAAGGGAGGCGGCAGGCGCGCGGUGCGGUGCUGGGGCUUUAACCCUACCAGGCAGCGAGGGGCUGUGGUGGUGGGUCGGGCAGAGGAAGCAACUGCGAGCCGCUGCUGAGGACAAGUGGGGGGAAGAGCGAGCAGGGGAGUUGAGGAGGUCGGUGGGAGCGAGGCUGCCGCUGUCCGCUCCUUGGGGGAAGGAGUGCGAUAGUGCAUGUGGUGGGUGGUUGUGCGGGCCUCUGAGGUAAAGAGGUUGUUUGAGGUAAUUGGCGGGGGCGAGGAGGAAAUUCGUGGUGCGCCUUUUCUGGGGGCUGAGCAGGAGAGAGGAUGGCGGCAGCCCCGGCACAGGCGGACAGGGAGCAGCCCCGCUAGAGAGCCAUGUCGCUGCAAAGCACGCCGCCUCCCGCGGCCACCUCGGAUCUCCUCCUGCCCGCGGUCGGGAACAAGCGCUUCUUGCUGGGUUGCCAAAUGACUGAGGAGAGCUUGGAUCCCCCGUCAGCGGAGGCGGUGGGAGCCGAGCAGGAAGAGGGGGUGGCGGCUGCGGAGGAGGAGGAGGAGGAGAAGGAAGGAGGAAAAAAAGCGGGGAAGGAGGAAAGCGAGGAACUGCCUCCCGCCCUGACUGGAUCUAGAAGAGCUUCUGGGGGAUUGGAGAGAGGACCCAAAAGUGAUAUUUCCCCUUUCAACAGCUUCAUUUCAACUAUCAGCCAAAAGCAAGAAGAUGCUGGAAGUGGAAGUUCCCCUACAGAAUUUGUUCUUGCAGACAUAAAAAAUGCAAAGGAGCUUCCAUCCCUUGGCCAUGAUGUUCGGCAAAAACAACGCAACUCUGUAGAUCUUCUUCCAGCAGAAAUGAAAAUUUCGGUCCCUCCAGAACCUUCUCUUCCCAUCCAAAGAAAAACUCUGAAAGAACUCCGAGAGGACAUAGACACAGCGAAGUUAUCAGGUGACUGGAAAACAGUGUAUGAAUUUUAUUCAGCAACAUUUGAUUCUUUUUCAGGAGUUAAUACUUCAUUUAAGAAAUAUGCUGAUGCCCCUUUUAAUUCCAUUGAAGACUGUGGAGUGGAUACUAAAUUUGUGAAUGCUGUUUAUGAUGCCUUAAUAAAUUUGCCUCAAGAUAUUCAGAAGUGUGUUCUAAAGGGAAUAAUUAAUGGUUUAUUACAGGAAUGGAAAGGGCCACGAACAAAAGAUGAUCUUAGGGCAUAUUUUGUACUUCUACAGAAUCCUCUUUUUAGUAACACAUCAACGUAUGUCAUUUACGCUCACUUGCUAAGACAGAUUUCUGCCUUAACAGAAGCUGAUCAUCACUUCUUAAAUCACUGGUUUAAAAAGUUGUCACAGAAGAGAUUCAAGCAGGUGAUGGACAGAUUGUUACAAUUUAUUUCUUUGCGCCUGUUUCCUGCAAAACCUGAAGAAUUGCCUCCCUUGGAGAAGUGUACUUGGUGGAUUCCAUCAGCAACCAAAACCUUGUCUUUAUUUAAUUCCGCAAAUAGUCUUGCCAACCCUCCUGUUGUUCCAUAUACGGAUUUCUAUAAUUCUACACUGGAUCAUAUUGAUCUCAUGGAAGAAUAUCAUAAUUGGCAAUGUUAUGGAAAUUCUCAUAGGUUUUCCUUCUGUCAAUAUCCAUUCAUUAUUUCUAUAGCAGCAAAAAAACUUAUUAUUCAGAGGGACUCAGAACAACAAAUGAUAAACAUUGCACGGCAAAGCCUCGUGGACAAAGUCUCUCGGAGGCAGAGGCCUGAUAUGAAUAUGUUGUUCCUUAACGUGAAAGUGAGAAGAAUGCAUCUAGUUAGUGAUUCACUGGAUGAGCUGACCAGGAAGAGGGCAGAUCUGAAAAAGAAAUUGAAAGUUACAUUUGUAGGGGAAGCUGGUCUUGACAUGGGUGGUCUAACAAAAGAAUGGUUUCUUCUUCUAAUUCGACAGAUUUUUCAUCCAGACUAUGGCAUGUUUACCUAUCACAAGGACUCUCGCUGCCAUUGGUUUAGCAGCUUGAAUUGUGACAAUUACUCUGAAUUCCGAUUGGUUGGAGCUCUAAUGGGACUAGCUGUCUAUAACAGCAUCACCUUAGAUAUUCAGUUCCCACCAUGCUGCUACAAAAAGCUGCUGAGUCCUCCCAUUGUACCUUGUGACCAGAAUACACCUGUAGGAAUUGGUAGUGUUACAAUAGAUGACCUAUGUCAGGUUAUGCCGGAGUUGGCCCAUGGACUAAAUGAACUUCUAUCUUAUGAAGGAAACGUUGAAGAAGACUUUUAUUCAACCUUCCAGGUUUUUCAAGAAGAAUUUGGGGUUAUAAAAACAUAUAGCCUAAAGCCCAGUGGUGAUAAAAUUCCAGUUACCAAUCAGAAUAGAAAAGAGUAUGUGCAGCUCUAUGUAGAUUUCCUUCUCAACAAAUCUAUCUACAAGCAGUUUGCAGCAUUUUAUCAUGGAUUUCACAGUGUCUGUGCUUCAUAUGCAUUGAUGCUACUUCGUCCUGAAGAAGUCGAAAUUCUAGUUUGUGGGAGUCCUGAACUGGAUAUGCAAGCUCUCCAGAAACAUACUCAAUAUGAUGGCUACCAGAAAACUGAUCUUACUAUCCGAUAUUUCUGGGAAGUCGUACUUGAAUUUCCUCUUGAGCUUCAAAAGAAGCUCCUACAUUUUGCUACAGGAAGUGACAGAGUACCAGUUGGGGGAAUGGCUGAUUUGAAUUUCAAGAUUUCCAAGAGUGAAGCAUGCACAAACUGGUUACCCGUUGCCCAUACUUGCUUCAAUCAGCUCUGCCUUCCCCCUUACAAGACCAAAAAGGAGUUGAAGCAAAAGCUAACAAUUGGAAUUUCAAAUGCCGAGGGCUUUGGCUUAGAAUAAAGAAGACUUGAAAAGAACAGCAGAUGUAGCACUUGUUUUUCUCUUAUUGUGCCUUUAAAGCUUUUCAUGUUCCUAUCUCUUAGUACUUUAACGGUCUCACCCCCAAACUGUGUGGAGUUGUUUUUUAAGAGGUAGAGUGUACUCACUUUUCUGUAUAGAAAUAUAUUUACUGCUUUCUUUCAGGAAAAGCAACUUUGUACAGUGUUCAUAAUCCUCACAGUCCUUGAUGGAGAAUAUAUAUAUUUGCCUAGGUUAAAUGACAAGGACUGCCAAAGGAGCCAACUCCUGUUGCCUCAGGUUACCCAAGCUGCAGGCAAGAGAUGCAGAGUACUUUAUUGUUGAUCAUCAUAGGUUCAGAUCAUGUAGAUUCCACUGGGAAACGCAACAUAUAAAUAUCUUUCUUAACUCGUUAAGCCCAAUGGUGGUAGAUUAUCUUCACUGCACACACUACAACAAAGCUUAUAUCUGCCAUUAGCGUGAGGCCAGUGGCUAUGUUUUCAUGCUGAGGCAAACUACAGUUUAAGGUAGAUGUAAUAUAUAGUAUUAAUACUCUGGUUUUCAUUCUCAGAGAUGAAUUAAAUUGUUUUUAAAAGCAUGUAAAUAACUGCCUGUGGGAUAAUAUGACUCUGAUAGUGCUAUUUACAGCUAAAGAUUUAUUUUUCCAAAGUAUAGGUUUUCAGAUGUUAUAUAUUCUGCCUUUACAGAUGAACAGAGUUGAUUGUACAGGAAUGUAAAAGCUGAUAUUUUAAAUUUAUCCAGAUCCAUGGACCAACUUUUAAGUAUUAAUCUGUUUGCAUGUUUAUUACUGUAUAUCAAAUUGGCAGUAAGCUAGAUGGUUUGGCUGUUGUACUUUUGUAACUGAAGAAGGAAAUUUAAUGUUUAAUUGUAAAUCUGGAUUUGUUUACUUUAUAGAAAACAAGUCACCUCUUAGCACUAUGAGAAGUCUAAGUUUUGAUAUUUUUAAAUUAUGCAUCUUUUAACUAAGGACUUGAUACUGUAAGUUGUUUUACAUGAGGUUUAAAAUAAAUUGAGCAAGUUUUUAUACAAAAGUGAAUAUAAUAAAACGGUAUCAAAUA